AUAGGCAUGCGCUCCCCGCCUGGGAGGAAGAAACCGCCACAGCUAUCUCCCGCGUACAUUUAUUGUUCUUCUGCUCCACUCUUCGCUUCCUUCCUUCUUCACCUGAUUCAAACGUCUCCUGCAUCGGCUGCAACCCUCGCGUUAGGCCGAGUUCGGAGCCUGUUCGCCUCCGCGGGUCGCAUUCCACGUCCUUCUUGAGUUAAUUCAGGAGGAAACAAUUUUUUUCGUGUUCUGCUUCAUGGAGCGGAUGAACAGUUGGAAUUCUUCAGUUAGUAGGAACUCCUUGACCCUAUCAAGGCGUAUAAGCCACCAUGUAGAUGAUGAUGUCGAGAGUGAGAGCGUCUCUGAGGCAGGAGACAUAGGCGAUCGAGCUCUUCAUAGCAGAAGACACAGCGAGAGUAGCAGCUUCCACUUGCCCAAUGACCGCACUCCGGCAACAGGAAUAAUUGCCCCUAUUCCAGCAUCGAACCUUAUCUCUUAUGGAAUGACACCAGGUCAGUCCAUGACCCCUGUUUGUAUUGAUGGGAAAGUGGGACCGGAAAACAUAAGAAACUUUCAGGAAGCUGACCGAGAGUUGCCAAGGACAUUGAACUAUGCUUCUUGUCUAAUUCAUUUAGCUGUUUUCGGAGUUCUCGGGGUCUUAACAAGAUAUUUAUUGCAGAAGUUGUUCGGCCCCAAAGUUGCUGGUGUGACAAAUGACCAAACAAUUCUUUACCCCGACCUGCCUUCGAACAUGGUGGGUUCUUUUCUUAUGGGAUGGUUUGGUGUUGUAUUCAAAGGAGACAUAUCACGCGUGUCAGAGCAUCUAGCCAUAGCAAUAUCAACUGGUUACUUAGGAAGCCUCACAACUUUCAGCGGCUGGAAUCAGAAGAUGCUGGAACUCAGUGUCUCUGGGCAUUGGCUUUUCGCAGCGCUUGGCUUUUUUAUAGGCCUGUUUCUCGUCGCAUUUUCCAUCAUCUUUGGAAUAGAGACAGCCAAGGGUUUCAGGUGGCUUCUCAACAAGAGUUCCAUAACUAAAAGAUAUGAGAUGAAGUGGAAGGUGAAUACCUGCAAGCGUCAGUUGGGAGUCAUGGCAGUGUUGCUCGCGGUGUUAGGCUCAUUAUGGGGCGUGUUUGGCGCAUUGGCGAAGGCUAAGUUCAAGCAUGGUGGAAGUGCUGCUCAGUUAUGGUUUGGCUGUAUGGUCGGACCUGUAGGCGUAUGGAUUCGAUGGUUCUUAGCUCGCCUGAAUGGAAGAGGACUAGGGAAGUCAGGCCUCAUGAAAUGGCUUCCAUUUGGGACUCUGAUUGCUAAUGUUUCUGCCGCUUGUGUCAUGGCUGCACUUGCCACUGUGAAGGAAGCAGUGAACACAAGGAAUUGUGAUACUGUGGUGGCAGGGGUACAGUUUGGUCUAAUGGGGUGUCUGAGUACUGUGUCUACAUUUGCUGCAGAGUUCAACGCGAUGAGAGAAAGCAAGCAUCCUUGGAGAGCAUAUGCAUAUGCCACAAUUACCAUAUGCGUGUCUUUCUCUCUUGGCAUCUUAAUCUACUGCGUGCCUGUCUGGACGAGGGGGUUCGACAUUGACACAUAGCCAGCGAGCAUGGAAGACAACCUUGGGAUUGAAAUCUCAAUAGUUGUAUGUUGUCUUGUCCCAGGCGAAGUUAGCUCGUUUUUUACUCUCCGAGAAGGACCGCGCGGUUCAGACUAAAAUUCCAUUUCGUUCUUCUGCUCACGAGUUUGGCGGUCCAUUAAGCUAGAUGCUUAAGAAUUAAACAACUUAGCUCUUUUUAAACUCCAAAAGGCAUGAUGAUCACAGAGGAAUCAUCUUGCUUUCGGUCGUUGUUAUGGUUGGUCAUGUAAAGUUUUACCCAUGAUACUAAAUAUGAAUGCUUUUCAUUUCGACGGAAA